AGCACUGUGGACUAUCGCUAAUGUUCCUCCAUAUCUUCUUGGUGUUAUUUACGACUUAACUGAAUUAGAUUACUUAAUUAGAGUAAAAUCUCUAAGUUCACGUUCAUUACUUAUCAACUAUUUGGAUAACUAUCCACUAUUGAGUAGCAAAUACUUGGACUACUUAGACUGGCGUAUUGCCCACGGCCUAGGGCGGACCGGUCCACGGGACCAUUAUUCCACCCCUAGCCACUCGCUCGAGGCGAAUUACCCACAGCCCGGGGUAGCCGGGUCUCCCCGUAGGGACACCUUCCGCCAGCCGGUUGCUGCCCUUUGGGCAGAGCUACUUAACUAA